AAUUGCCUCCAUUUCUUUCCACCGCAGUUCGGAGUCGUAUCUCGAGUUAGGGCUGAGCCAACCGCGCCGUCGUUUCCUCUUCUGCCUCACCGCCUCCAUUUCUUCCACUGCAGUUCAAAGUCGUAUCUCGAGUUAGGGCUGAACCAACCGCGCCGUCGUUUUCUAUUCUGCCUCACCGGUUCAAAUAGGUCGCAGGAAAACGCCAUGAUAGAGGAAAUUUGGUCUCAGGUUUUGUGACUUUUCGUGUACUCUAAGAUAUGGGAAGGAGGAUAUUGAACGAUGCAUUAAGAGCUAUUGUAAAUGCUGAGAGGAGGGGAAAAGCUACGGUGGAACUGAAACCCAUUUCUACUGUUAUGUCUUCCUUCCUUAAAGUCAUGAAAGAUCAUGGAUAUAUCAAUGACUUUCAAGUUCAUGAUCCACAACGAGUUGGAAGGAUAACAGUUGAGCUGCAAGGUAGGAUCAAGGAUUGCAAGGCUCUCACCCACAGGCAGGACAUCAAGGCAAAGGAACUUGAAGCUUACAGAAUACGAACGCUUCCAACGCGUCAGUGGGGUUAUGUUGUGAUUACUACUCCAGAAGGCAUCAUGGAUCAUGAAGAGGCAAUAAAAAGGAAUGUUGGUGGUCAGGUUCUUGGAUAUUUUCAUUAGAGAAUCCCCCCUUUUUUGCAGGUUCCUUGAUUGAAAGAUCCUUGUGAUUCUUCUCAGAUGUUUCUCAUUUUGCAUUGGGAUCUUAGGACUUACUGUUGUCCACUUUUUCAGUAUUAUUGCUCUUACCAAUAAUGUAAGCUUGAUUUUAUGUGCUUUUUUGACACGGGUAAUGAGAGAGAUCCAAGUUUUCUUAUC